GUGGAGUAACGGGUAUUUAAACUGAUGACCCUGUCCUGUGCACGUUUUUACAGCGGAUCUUCAGCGUGUAUUUCAGUAACAAAAGAACCCACCCAAGAACAAGUUUACCAGUUGGGGGCGCUGUCUGAAAAUAUCUCUACUGACUCCCCCCUCUGCGUGCGUCCGUUAACCAACCCCUGGCCAAUGGUAAACGGAGUCAAAGCUCGGCUGCAGCCAAUCACAGCGAGGAGCGGUUUAAAGGUAUUUAAAAGCGGAGAUUUGAAUUUAAACAGACAGUGAAGCGAGUAAAACAAGACGGCAGUAUUGCGUGGCAGCAACAGAAAACUUUGAAAAAAUAAUUCUUCUUAUUCUUCGACCCAUGUACCGGAUCUCCUGUUAGAAGUUUGAUGCAGCGACGAUCACACACAAGGACAGCGAGCCGUGGAAGCAGCGCGGCGGGAUUAUAAUAGAGCAGUUUGGCAUAAAGAAGCGGCGAGAGCAACUAUGAAUUCAGCUAAGAGUUUGAAGACGACCCCCCUCGCUGGAUAUGGAAAGCCAACAGGGGAUGGACCCAAACGUGUGCCCGUGUCUCAGAAACAGGUGCCUGGCAGCGCGACUGCGACCCAGCGGGUUCUCAACACUGCAAACGGGCCUCAGCGUAUACUGAGGCCAACCACCCAGCAGAAACCAGGCCCCCAAAAGCAGCCACUAUUCCAGACUCCAUCAAACAAGAACACAGCAUCAAACCAGAAUGUACCACCAAAACCAGUGAGCCAAGCACAGCCCCAAGUUCAGGAACCCAGCAAAGCAGCAGAGCUGCCAAACCAGGGACAGGCUGCUGAUAAACCUCCAGCAAAGGAAUCUACAUCUCUGGACAAGAAACGGUGGAGCCUGGAAAACUUUGACAUUGGUCGUCCUUUAGGAAAAGGAAAGUUUGGGAACGUUUACCUGGCCCGAGAGCGACAAUCCAAGUUUAUCCUGGCUCUGAAAGUGCUGUUUAAAACCCAGCUGGAGAAGGCAGGUGUGGAGCACCAACUGAGACGAGAGGUGGAAAUCCAGUCCCAUCUCAGGCAUCCGAAUAUCCUGAGGCUAUAUGGCUAUUUCCAUGACUCCUCCAGAGUUUACCUGAUUUUGGAAUAUGCUCCCAAGGGCGAACUGUACAGUGAACUGCAGCGAUGUGGCAAAUUCAGCGAACAAAGAAGCGCUACUUAUAUUACUGAGCUGUCGGAUGCUCUUCUGUACUGUCAUUCUAAGAAGGUGAUCCACAGGGACAUCAAGCCAGAGAAUCUUUUGCUAGGGGCCAGUGGGGAGCUAAAAAUCGCAGAUUUUGGCUGGUCUGUGCAUGCACCCUCUUCAAGGAGGGCAACUCUGUGCGGGACUCUGGACUACCUGCCUCCUGAGAUGAUUGAAGGCAGGAUGCAUGAUGAGAAGGUGGACCUGUGGAGCCUUGGAGUCCUCUGCUAUGAGUUUCUGGUGGGGACCCCUCCCUUUGAAACCAAGAGCCAUGAGGAAACUUACAGAAAGAUUUCUAAAGUUGAUUUCAGUUACCCCCAGUUUGUUAGCGAGGGUUGCCAAGAUUUGAUCUCCAAGCUGUUGAAACACAACCCCAAUCAGAGGCUGCCCCUGCCAGGCGUGCUCACCCACCCCUGGGUCGUAGCAAACUCCACGAAACAGCCGACUGCCCUGUCGAAGAUCACACCUCCCACCCCACAGCCCAGCUCCAGCAAGUGAGGCAACAGAGUGAAGACGAGGGCCUUCUCCUUAAGAUGCUGCUGACUCGAGACAGAGUGAACCACUGUGUCCAUUCCAGGCACAUGACCUAGUAUUCAAAUUGAUUCAAUGUGCAUGGCAAGCAAAGCAGACUCCUUCAGCACAUGCAAAACUGAGGGGCAAGAAUAAACGGGAAAUGACGUAGUCUUUUGAAAGACUGGUCAAAGGAGUUUCCUGUAUCUGAAUUUCAUGUUGGGUUGAGCUGCUCUUUCCCUGAAUCUUUAUUCCUCCAUUUUUAUAUGUAUGUCUGUCAAUCCUGGUCUUCAAGGCCUUUUGAGCAGUGCAAUAGCCAGUUUCUGAGUGCCUGUGACUUAUUUAUGGAGCCCUAGUUGUGAGGAUUUGUGAUUGUGCUUUGCAGAGUGGAUGUGGCUAUACUACCAGGAUCUUAUGUAAAUAUUUAGUUUUUAAAAUGAUUAUGAACCUUUAUGUUGGUGUUGUAUUACUGUUUCAAUGCAUUUAGGAGCCAUUUCUUUCAGAAGUAAAUA